CUCAGUAAUAUGUCAGAUGCCCUCGCAAAUGCUGUAUGUGAACGCUGUCGAGCCCGUUUUGAUCCAACUGAACGUAUUGUAAACAGCAACGGAGAACUGUAUCAUGAAAACUGCUUUGUCUGUGCUCAGUGCUUUCGUCAGUUUCCAGAUGGCCUCUUCUAUGAUUUUGAAGGGAGAAAAUAUUGUGAGCAUGACUUCCAGAUGCUAUUUGCACCAUGCUGUGGGGAAUGUGGUGAAUUCAUCAUUGGCCGAGUCAUCAAAGCAAUGAACAAUAAUUGGCAUCCUGAAUGUUUUCGUUGUGAACUCUGUGAUGUAGUUCUUGCUGAUUUGGGUUUUGUGAAGAAUGCUGGCAGACAUCUUUGUCGGCCUUGCCACAAUCGUGAGAAAGCCAAAGGCUUGGGCAAAUACAUUUGCCAGAAAUGUCACUUGAUAAUUGAUGAACAGCCUCUUAUGUUCAGGAACGACUCCUACCAUCCAGAUCAUUUCAGCUGCACCCACUGUGGGAAGGAAUUGACCGCUGAUGCCAGGGAGCUGAAAGGAGAGCUCUACUGCCUGCCAUGCCAUGAUAAGAUGGGCAUUCCAAUCUGUGGGGCUUGUCGGCGGCCUAUUGAGGGUCGAGUGGUCAAUGCUCUAGGAAAACAGUGGCACGUUGAGCACUUUGUUUGUGCCAAAUGUGAGAAGCCAUUCCUGGGACACCGGCAUUAUGAGAAAAAGGGUCUGGCUUACUGUGAGACUCAUUACAAUCAGCUCUUUGGAGACGUCUGCUACAACUGCAGCCAUGUGAUCGAGGGGGAUGUGGUAUCUGCUCUCAACAAAGCUUGGUGUGUUAACUGCUUCUCCUGUUCCACCUGCAACAUCAAGCUCACCUUGAAGAAUAAGUUUGUGGAAUUUGACAUGAAGCCAGUGUGCAAGAAAUGCUAUGAGAAAUUCCCUUUGGAGCUGAAGAAAAGGCUGAAGAAGUUGUCUGAGCUGACCUCCAAGAAAACACAACCCAAAGCUCUGGAUCUGAAUUCUGCUUAAACAGGUCUCUGCUUCCUUCACACUGCACUCUUUUUCCCCAGUGGCACUCACCCAAGAAUGGUUAAAGGGCCCAAGACAUACAGAACCUCACCAGUUGCAUCUUGUAAUCUGAAUGUUUUCUGCUCAGGUAUAUUGCAGAGUCUGGCCUUUGGGGGGGGGGGAGCUGUGGAUAUACAUGAAGAUGCACUAUUUUCCUUUUGUUAUAAAUAUGUUUUUGUGAUUUUUUUUUCAUCUUUCAUUAUCAAGAGCCAGAUUUAUAUUAUAUGUCAUAGUAUUCCAUAAAUUGUUAAAGUAAGGGAUAGAAGUGGGAGUAAUAAUUAAGUAGUAAUCUAACAAUUUCAGUUAAGCCUUAUUGACCAUAUGAUAAAUCUACGCUGUUUAUACUAUAACAGUGAAACCUGAUGUGUUUUCUUUUACCAACAAAAUAUUUCAGCUGCUGAAACAGAUACUAAUGCUUAAGCUAAACUUCCUACCUACUAUACAUUUUCUCACACUGUAAACUAGAAACAGCAGAAAAUAAGACCUGAAUGGACCAAAACAAUUUAGCUAGAAGCGUCUACUUUUUGAUAUAUAUUAUGUCUCAGGCAAAUAUAGCUAGAAUAGAUAAUUUAGUGGGGGAGGAGAGGUAGGAGUUCUCGGAAUUUUAAACUCUUUCUUCCUGCUUAAUAAUGGCAUCAGUUAUUAUUCGGUUAACAACAAGAUUUUGUGAAUAUCAUUUGGUAUAAUCCCUAUGCUACACUUUACAAUUUCUUGUUUUAUUAUGAUUCUGCUAAUGCCAUAGCAAAUACCUAUACUGUGUGGUGUUAUAGCAAUACUUUGUCCCCUAAUACUUUGGGUUUUCCAUUUGGAACCUAAAUAGUCUGUUCUUGUAACAUUGCACCAUAGUACUUGUGUUCUUAUGAUCAGAGCAUGAAAUGGAGCAGAAUGAUUAGUGCAGAGUAAGAUGCUCAUUUGUUAAACGUUGGUUUCUCUUCAGUAAUUAUAGUAAAUAUAUAUUAUCUCCUACUUGGUUUACUAUUAGCAAUUUGUGUUUUGCACAAGAGAGGUCAUUUUUUAAAUCUGAAACCAUACUUUUCAGUAUAAUGGCAAAGGGGAAAAAUACACAAGAACUAGCAUAAUUUUUAUAAGUAGAGAAGCACAUUUAUAAGUAGAGAAGCACAUUUAUAAGCAGAAAGCACAUUUUCAUUGAGUGAAUCACUUUCAUCAAGACCUUCCUAUGUGAUCUAGCAAGAUAUUUGAACUUAUGUGUCUGUGAAAUGCCAUAUCCAUUUAAGCAAAGUAAACAAAGCAUUAUGUUUAUGCUGUCUGUUAGUCUCCUAUAAUGUUGGGAAAACCCCUUGCAAUAUCCCUAGAGACGUAUAUAAGCACUGUGCUCCAUUUUUGCAGCAGAACUGACUGAUUACAUUGCUAAAGAACAGUGCACAGGCAUAAGCCAGAAGUCAAAACACAGAACACUUUGGCACUUAUAUAGCAGUUUAGCUGAAUGUGAAAGAGGCAGCUAUAUACAUUAUAUAAAUGAUAAAUGAAUUUAUUGGAAUGAUGUUUUCCUCUGAAGUCAGUGUUAGGUAAACACUCUUAACCUUUUACCCUUUAAUCACCAUAAAAUAGAUCAGAAGACUGAAGUUGAAUGGUUUUUUUUUUCCUUGAUGGUGCUAUCACAUAUUUCAGCUAUUCAUAUCACCAUCAUAGCCAGAAGCAAGUCAAAACACCCUGUUGCAUUAUCCUAUCCUGAAAAACAUGAAUUAUACCUAUACAGCCUGAUUCUUACAAAUACUUACUCACAUACACAGAUAUAAACAGGUAGUUUAGUUUAGUUCAGUUUAGUUUAUUGUCAUUGUACCUC